UCUGGAAAGCAUAUUUUUGCAAAGAACUCACCACCGUCAAACUCCACUGUCCAGAAUCCCAAGGGUGAAGACAAAUGGGUAUCUUCUCGCUCUCCUCAUUGUGGUUCCUGGUCACACUUCUAAGUUGCAACGGCCAAGAAAGCCCACUGGUGAAAUGCUUUGAAGACCCAGAUUAUGAAGAAUUCCUAGAGAUAACCAAGCACGGACUUGAGAAGCCAAUGUACCGGAAGCAUGUACUGAUCGUGGGUGCAGGGAUAGCAGGACUCAGUGCAGCCCAUGUACUCGCAGAGGCAGGGCAUAAAGUAACAGUUCUUGAAGCCAGUGGGCGUGUGGGAGGACGAAUGGAGACCUAUAGAAAUCAGGUGGAAGGCUGGUAUGCAAAUCUGGGGGCCAUGCGUUUGCUAAAGGAGCAAAGGAUCGUCCAUGAAUAUAUAAAGAAAUUUGGGCUGAAGCUGUCUGAAUUCAUUCAGUAUAACCCAAACACCUGGUAUUUUGUCAACAACAUCAGAAAGAGAGCCUGGGAAGUGAGAGAGAAGCCCAGCAUUUUGGGAUAUCAUCUGAAGCCUGAAGAAGAAGGCAAAGCCGCUAACCAGUUAUUUCGUGAUGCCAUCAAAAAGGUUUUAGAAGAGCUGCAGAAGACAAACUGCAGCCACAUAUUUCAAAAAUACGACUCCUACUCAACCAAGCAAUAUUUAAUCGAGGUGGCAAACUUGAGCCAGGGAGCCGUCCAGCUUAUUGGGGACUUGCUAAACCAUGAUGCUAGUUAUUACCAGGGCUUCGUUGAGAGUUUGAAAACAGAAAUCUUUGCUCGUUCAAAGGGCUAUAAUGAAAUAGCAGGAGGCAUAGAUCUACUGCCAAGAGCCAUUUACAAAACCAUCUCGGGACAGGUACUCUUGAAUGCCAGAGUGGUCAGGAUAAAACAGAGGAAUGGUGCUGUUACUGCAAUAUAUAAAACGCUUGACCAAAGAUUGUCAAGUGUGACAGCCGACUACGCCAUUCUCACCCCUACAACAAAAGCUACCCGGCGCAUCUAUUUUGAACCGCCCCUCUCAGCUAACAAAUCUGAUGCCUUGCGAGCUGCUCACUACAGGAGUGCCACCAAGGUCUUCCUUGCUUGCUCCAAGAAGUUCUGGGAAGCUGAUGGCAUUCAUGGUGGGAUGUCUCUCACUGAUCGCCCAUCCCGACACAUCAACUACAUUGCCCAUAAUUUCUCCAGUGGCAUUGGGGUUCUCUUGGCUUCCUAUGUCAACACCGCUGACUCCGAUUUUUUCUUGUCCCUCAGCCAUGAAGACAUCAUUAACAUUGUCCUGGAUGACCUGUCAGUCAUCCAUCAGCUGCCUAAAGAAGAGAUACAAAGUAUCUGUAACUCCUCAGUGAUAAAACGAUGGAGCCUGGAUCAGUAUUCCAUGUCUGGCUACACUCGGUUCACCCCCUACCAGUUUGUAGAGUAUACUCAACCUCUUCAGGAGCCAGAAGGUAGACUCUAUUUUGCUGGGGAGCACACCUCUUUGCUCCAUGGUUGGGUAGACAGUGCAAUAGUGACAGGACUGAGAGCAGCAAGAGCUAUCAAUUUUUUGUGUGGGAAGCAGCCCCAGAUCAUCAAACCAUCUAAGAAAAAUUAACUUUUACAACAGACUGGCAAGGGCAUAACUAUCCAUUAAGAACUUCAACCCAAGACAAAUCAAGAUUUCCUAUGGCAUUCACAGAUGGCAAAGAAACAAAAUGUGAUUCAAAGCAAGCA